AUGAGUCCCAGCCAGGGGUCCUCCCAAGAAGGAUCCCAGCCGUCCUCCUCCAAGAAGGAGUCCCAGCCCGGGUCCUCCAAGAAGGACCCCAGCCCGUCCUCCAGAAGGACUCCCAGCCAGGUCCUCCUCCAAGAAGGACUCCCAGCCAGGGUCCCUCCUCCAAGAAGGACUCCAGCCAGGGUCCUCCUCCAAGAAGGAAAGUCCAGGCCAGGGUCCUCCUCCAAGAAGGAGUCCAGGCCAGGGUCCUCCUCCAAGAAGGAGUCCAGGCCAGGUCUUCUCCAAGAAGGACUCCCAGCCAGGGUCUUCCAAGAAGGACUCCCAUUCAAAGUCCCUCCCAAGAGAUGGAUUGCAACAGAGGCCUUUAACAGUACAACAGAAACAGACAGUCAGACAGUCAACUCCAGCUCAACAGACAGUCAGACCGUCAAUGACAUCUCAACAGACAGUCAAGCAGUCAACGCCAGCUCAACAGACAGUCAGACCAUCAACUCCAGCUCAACAGACAGUCAGACCGUCAACGACAUCUCAACAGACAGUCGCCAGCCAACGCCAGCUCAACAGACAGUCAUAGUCAACGCCAGCUCAACAGACAGUUACGCAGUCAACGCCAGCUCAACAGACAGUCAAGCAGUCAACGCCAGCUCAACAGACAGUCAAGCAGUCAACGCCAGCUCAACAGACAGUCAAGCAGUCAACGCCAGCUCAACAGACAGUCAAGCAGUCAAUGCCACUUCAACAGACAGUCAAGCAGUCAACGCCAGCUCAACAGACAGUUACGCAUCAACGCCAGCUCAACAGACAGUCACAGUCAAUGCCACUUCAACAGACAGUCAAACAGUCAACGCCAGCUCAACAGACAGUCAGACCAUCAACGCUAAUUCAACGGCAGCCCAGAUCAAGCACAGCCCUCAGCCCUCAGCCCUCUCAUGGUAG